UGCAGCAUUUAAUAGGAAUUCGUAUGAUUUUUGCUCCCCAUACUUUUAUUUACAUUAGCGCUGGUUUAGGGUGUACAGGAUAACUUUGGUCAUGUUUAAUGAAUCACUUUAAAUGUUACUUGAACAGCACUUUCUUAGUGUGUUUCAUGUGUAUGAUUCCAGCACUGGUCCAUAAUGAUCAUUACAAAUAAUUAUUCCCAGAUAAGCCAUUUGUUUUUCCUACAUUCUGAUUGCUACUAUAUAAUUCUGUUUACAGACUAACAGUUUUUCAAGAUGUUCAACAUGCACAAGCUUAGAAAGGGAAUGUGAAAAAACCAUGGAUGUGAAGAUAAGAGGUCAUUACAAACAACUGAAGAAAGAACAUGUGGACAGGCAGAUGCUAGAAAGAGCUCACUACCAUGGUAAACGGUUGUCAAGUGAAAAAGAACCAUCAAAAUAUUUGUCCUUCAUAGUAGAUGGAAUGGACCAAGGCAAGACAUCACUGCCACAUUUUGCUGGAAGGCCAUCGAAGAUAAUAAAUCAUGCUGAUUUACUGAAAACACAUGUUUCGGGAAUUGUGAACCAUGGCCAGGGCAAGUUCAGCACAUAUGUGGACUUCAAUCAAUAUCCGCAUGAUCCCAAUCUCACCAUUAAUCUCAUUUUGAAGACACUGAAGAAGGUUGCUGAAGAGCAGGGUAACAGACUUCCAAAGAUAUUCUAUCUUCAGGCAGACAACUGUUUUCGCGAAAAUAAAAACAGAUUUGUCCUUGGAUUCCUAGAGUUACUUGUUACUGAGCAGAUUUUUAAAGAGGUGUAUAUGUCAUUUCUCCCAGUUGGCCAUACACAUGAAGACGUAGAUGCUGCAUUUAGCAAGAUCUCUGAAAAACUCAAAGUAAAGGAUGCAGAGACAAUUCCACAACUUGUGAACAUUAUCCCAGACUCAGAAGAACUUGAUAAUAUGUUUAAUGUUAAAACAUGGUUGGAGCCAUGCUUUAAUGAUAUCAGUCAAAUUUCAAAGCCUCUUCAUUUUAAAUUUUACAAUUAUGAUGGGACAACAAGAACAUGUUAUAAGGGAAUACAUACUGAACCAUGGCAAACUUUGGAUUUCAACGUGUUGGCAUACACUCCGAAAGGACAACCAGACAAACUUGAACCAAAAUAUGACAAAAUUAAUAUUGAGCGUGUGAAACGCCAAGUUUCUGCUUUACAAAAUUACUUUACACACAGUACUUCAUACAAUUGGUGGAUAGAAUUUUUAAAUUCCUUGGAAAGAGAACCGGCAAUGAAGAGAUAUAAAUGGAUUUUAAAAGACUUGCCAAGGCAAACAGAACAAGCAGAACAUACAGAGAUAAUUGAUGUUCCUCGUCACAUCGAGGAGAUGUUAGAAAAAGAACGAGAAAUACCAAAGGUGAUAGUAAAGGCAAAGAAAAAGCAGACACAGACUGGUCAGAAGAACAGAGUAACAGGGAAAACCAUGGGAAAGAGUAAAACUGCAGGUACAGCAGGAACAAAAGAAAGACACAAAAAGUCUGGUAAAAGAAGGGUUUUGACACAGAGCAAAACAGUAAUAAUUCCGGUGAUCGAUGAUUCGAAAAGACAUAUAUGGCUGUGGAUUUUGAUUUGCAUGAUAGACAUUGCCAUUUCAUUGCUCAUUCUGAUUGUUAUGAUAUUGCUGACGUCUUUGUGCACAAUUUUGAGAAUGUUAAAGUAUUUAAAUAGUAUAUGGCAAGUGACUAUUAACAUGCACACUGGACAAUUACAUGCUUGUGUGCAUGAAAUGAAGGGCAUGAGAUUUUUUAGACCACUAACUGUUCAGUAUAUAGAAUCAUAUUAAGACAGUUCUGCACUUUUUUAUGAAAAAAAUGUUCUGUGAUGUAGAAUCUGAUCAGAAUAUAUUUAUAAAAUUUGGCAAAUAGAGAUGAUUGUGUGCUUGAUUUUUUGCUACAUUGAGUUGUUAACAUUUGGACAUUAUAAAUGCAAGUUUUCAUUAUGGAAUCCUUUGGGAAAGUCAGAAUUUUUAUUAGAAUUUUUCUUACAAUGUAGAGUUUAAUGAAACUAUUCACAAUUGUAAACGUGUAAAUGAAUAUAUGAUCUAUAAUAUGGUGAAAUAAAAUACAUAGGUCCGAAUCCUUGUUUUUGAGAUAAUUGCCCAUCAUUAGAGUGAUUAGAGAUCAGCAUUUUUCAAGCUGAUAUUAAUUUAAAAAAUAUUUGAAACUAUGUUACAUAUCAAACAUUUUAAUAUUAUGUUUUGUCUUUAACAAAGGUAAAAUGUUGCGGUUUUAAUGAAUUAACUCAGGGCUUGCCAUUAAUUCGUAACUUGAUUUUCAUUUCUGUAUGUCAAGUCCAGUC